GGUUGUACUUACAGAGAUCACGCUUCGCAAUGAAAUCGAACCUUCGCGCCUUCCUCCAUGUCCUCCUCAUGCUCCCGCUCGGGGCCAUCGCACAAAGCAACAUGCUUCAGAACCAGAGCCAUAGCAGAAAAAGAAUUGUUCUUUGGGAUCCAAAGAACAGUGAACAGAUUGAACAGUUCCCAAGACUCAAGACGAGUGCGGAGGAAAUUGCCCGUUCUCCAAGCGUUUCAGGGGCGUUGAAUUGGCAUCUCACGCGCCCAAAAGAACUUCCCGCAGAUGUCACCUUCUAUCCUAUGCUUCGUGUCAUUAACGGUACCGAUUCAUGGCAGGAAAUGAUUGAAGAAACAGUCGGAUGUAGUCGUAUUAUACAUUUCCUUAACGAGCCAGAGCGAGCCGGAACCCUCGUAGAAGCUGCUGUACGAGUCUGGCGCUCUCACAUGCUUCCAUUGCGCCAAAAGCACUGCUACAAGCUAGUUGGACCGGGUGUCGCGAGUACACCUGAAGGUAGUGCUUGGCUUUCCGAGUUCAUGCAUCAACUCGAAACGGACGAAUGGCCUGAUUUUACGGGCAUACAUUUCUACUCAAGGAAGGAUGUCCCUGUGGCAACUGAAGUGGAGGCUGCGAAACAAUUUCUAGCCACGAGACAGUCACUUUACAAUCUUCCUCUUAUCGUCAACGAAAUGGCUUGUACUAGUCGCAACAAGGAUGAUGUUAUUGAUCUAUUCGACAACUUCAAGUUACGUCGCGAUAUGUCUGCGUCCAUAGGCACUAUCGGCGGCCAAAUUGCUAAUUUGCCUGCCCAGGCCACUGCCGUUGUCGCAUCUGCUGGGGCUCAGGCCACGUCCGUGGUUCAGGAUCUUACAGGCAAUGCGAUGAACGCUACAGUUGCGGCCCUGAGCAAUUUCUUGCACAAGAACUACACUCUGGGGACAAGAUAUGGUUGUGUAGACACUGAGUGUAGUAGUGUGCCAAUAGUCACUGCGAUUGCGGGUAGUAGCUUGGGAUUCGCUUUGAUCUCUUGCUUCACGGCUCUGGCCCCUCAGAGAUUCCCUUUGGUGGGAUGCGUAUCGUUAAGUUUCAUGGAGAGCACUUCCCAUGGGAAUCACGCCAUUGAGCAUGAGUCAGGAUCGGGUCUCGUUGUGAGCCUCGGACUGAGCGGCGCCGCUUUUGCUUUCGUGGUUCUUGUGGCACAGGAAACUGUGCAAAGCUUUGAGGCGAUGUUUUGUCAGGUCGCAGGGCAGGAAUGGCGCGGUAGAUCCAGCGUGAAGACGUGGUGGCUCGACGAUGAGUAUCAUGUCGUCGACCUGAACUACACGCGGAGGCAGGGAGCCUUCCACGUCGACCUUCCAGACUACGCUGAGUUGGAUGCGCAAGUUAAGCCUGACAUCAAAGACUUGAUUACAUUGGUCCUGUAUGGCAAGAAGGAGGACCAUAACGACAUUGAAGAAGUCGAGCAGUAUAUGCCUCAUCUUCUGACUGCUCCUUAUCGACAGCUCAGCCUUUGGACGAUCUAUAGCGGCUUCUACUUACUGAAGCGGAUUUCUACCUCUUACGGAGCGGAAAGCCCUUGA